AUGGCUGAGGUCAGUAUUUCAGUAGAUCAGCUUUCAAUGGAUCAGUUCAUCUGUCCAGUGUGUCUGGAUCUUUUAAAGGAUCCAGUGACUCUCCCCUGUGGUCACAGUUUCUGUAAGGUGUGUAUUAAUGGCUGCUGGGAUCAGGAGGAUCAGAAGGGCGUCUACAGCUGUCCUCAGUGCAGAGACACUUUCACUCCAAGGCCUGUUCUACGCAGAAACAACAUGCUGGCUGAAGUGGUGGAGAAACUGAAGAAGAAGACUGAAGUCCAAGCUGCUUCUCCUGCUCACUGUUACACUGGCCCUGGAAAUGUGGAGUGUGAUUUCUGCACCGGGAGAAAACACAAAGCUGUCAAGUCCUGUCUGACGUGCCUGGCUUCUUACUGUGAAACUCAUAUUACUCCUCACUAUGAGUCUCCUGCAUUUAAGACACAUAAAUUAACAGAAGCUUCAUUAAAACUACAAGAGAAGGUCUGCUCUGAACAUGAUGAAGUGCUGAAGAUCUACUGCCGUACUGAUCAAACCUGUAUUUGCUCCUUGUGCAUGUUGGAUAAACAUAAAGGCCAUGACGCUGUAACAGUUUCAGCAGAAAGAGCUGAGAAACAGAGUGAGUUAAAGGAGGAGCAGAUGAAAUCCCAGCAGAGAAUCCAGGAGAAGCAGAAGAAGGUGCAGGAGCUGAAACAGGCUGUGAACACUAUAAAGCUAAGUGCACAGACAGCAGUGGAGGACAGUGAGAGGAUCUUUACUGAGCUGAUCAGCUCCAUGGAGAAAAAGCGCUCGGAGGUGACGGAGCUGAUCAGAGCUCAGGAGAAGACUGAACUGAGUCGAGCUGAACGACUCCUGGAGCAACUGGAGCAGGAGAUUGCUGAUCUUCAGAGGAGACUCACUGAGCUGGAGCAGCUUUCACACACACACGAUCACAUCCAGUUCCUCGCUUUAGCUUCUGGACGUCACUCUGCUUUAUUAAUCAGACCAGACAUUCAGACAUCCAGCAUCAGUGUCCAUCAACAUCUCUCAUUUGAUGGAGUGAGGAAUUCUCUCUCAGAUCUAAAGAAGAGACUCGAGGAAUUCUGUGAGGAGGAAUUCAACAAAAUCCCUCCACAUGGACAGCUGUUGACACCAGGGGGUCGGAUUGUGGGAUGCCAGGCAGCGGAGAGCACGUUCCAAAUCCUGGUUAGCCCGCUCAGACUGCCCAUUGGUCUGGGGAUGGAAUCCAGAUGA